CAAAAUGGUCCCCGGUGACGUAGGUAAAUGCCUCCUACGUAAUGUUUUUCUUGUACACAAAAGCCCCCUGUGUCUAAACAAAUUUACAUGAAUUCGUCCCUGGAGAAAGGUAACCAUACUGCAUUUUUUGACAAAGCUGACUUUGAAGCACGUGUACUUUGACACCCCCUGGAUAGUAUUCCUUUGUUGUCUAAACCCAACCGUACUGUGUACCAAACAACACUUAGGUCUACAAUCCUUCAACAGUCGCUGAUAGAGAACAAUCACUCAGACUCCGACGGUAGCGAGGUUUGAAGAGUUCAUCUAUGGGCCACUGGGUUUGUUUUAAUUGAAAGAAAAUACUCCGCCCAGGGCUAUUCUAGGGGAAAAUUACCAUAACGCAAGGCGAGAAACUUUAAUCCUGUCCGGACGACGGAAAGAAACCAGUCAGACGACAGAAUUUACCUCAGUACAGCCGGUUAAAUGGGCGUCUCCCCCGAAUAGACGAGUGUUGACGAUAUACAACACCGCUGAGGACCAUCAGAAUGUCUGAUAAACGCAACAAACAAGACGCGAAACGACGUGACAAAGAGAGGUGUAGGUCAGCGACAACAAAGGAAGGUUUAAGAAAACUACAAGAACUUGUGUCUCAAACCGAGGAUGUCGUCAACAGGUUGGCUGACCUGGACGUCGAUCUGGUUACCAAGGCAACGGUGAUCGCCUCUGUUGUCCGACAGCGUGGCAAAAAUGGCGGGAAAAGUGUGAGCCCUAGUUCAAAAUCGUCGCUUUCAAGCGAAGAAACUUUACAAGAGCCAUCAAAACUCAACUUCAACUCUCUGUCCGAUAACGUUGGAGCACUUCAAGAUCGUGAGGUUUCUUCAAAGGUCAAGGGUAACAAAAGUUACGUAAGUCUCCUAGCCGUAGAUCUCGAAAACGAUAGAGAAGACUCCACUUCUCCGCAGAAAAUAAACGGCAACACUGAUACAGACGAUAGCCAGUCCCAGCCUGAACGUCAGGUAGAAGAAAAUGUUUCUGCUGUUGUUAACCAGUCCAAAACACAUUUUGCCGACGGCAAUUCAUGGGAAGUCAGCCAACCUGAAAUAAAGUACCUGGAAAACCGUUCUUCAAACAGUGGUAUAUCAAGCAAGAAUGGAGGAAGCGACACAAAGGUAAUGUCACCCAUCAUCACAACAGGCCCUUCUGAUAAAGACACCGAUGAGUCAGUGCCGGAUGCCUCUGUAAGCCAACAAUGUGAUGUGACACCUGACACGGAUAAGCAAUCGCUAGAUACAGCAGGAGUCCAGUCCACUAUUCCAGAAUUAGUCAGACAGUCCUCCAGUAACAGUCUUCCGCUCACACCAUCUCCAAGUUCUCUUGCUUAUGAUCACAUGAACGAAGACGACAUCUCAGUUAAGCAGCCAGCAUCCAUUCAGAUAGAAGGUCAACAAGACCUCGGCGAUCAGGAGGAUCUAAGUCAUAACGCAGAACAAGAAUCAGUUCAAGUUUGUUCUGCUAUUGAGAAGGCUGAAGGUAUCAUAGAAGAAAGGGAAUGUCAAGAAGCCACUAACUCACAGAUUGUCUCACCACCCGAGGUAGAUGGAGGUUCCCCAGUUCCCGACGUUUUAUCCAAUCAGCGUCCUCCGCAGAGCCAACCGCCCGUAUGGACACACACGGUGAACACCAAUCAACUGGCUUUACAGGAAACCUCGACCAAUGAACAAUCCGUAUCUACAGACCCUCCAUCAAUCAAAGAGGAGCGGACAGAAGAGAUUUCAACCAACCAGCAGCCUUCGCAGGAGGCCCCACCCAAUGAAAAGUCCGUAUCUACAAACGCUCCGAAAACCAAUCAUCAGCAACUUCCAACGGCGUCACCCAAUCAACACAAGGCAUCUAAGCCUCAAACCCAUCAGCAAUCCAAAUCUACAAAGGCUCCGUCCACCAAUCAGAAGCCUGCACCAAAAUCCCCAACCAAUGAGAAAUCUGCACCUGCAGACAGCUUUGCAGCCAAUCAGAAGCCAUCUUCGAGUAGCUUGACAAAAAAGAAAUCGCCAUCUAUUAAUAGUCUAACCCCAAUGCACGAUGGUCCAUCAAAACCUUCCACCAAGAAGCAACCCUCGACGACCACCGCUCUGCCCAAAAUCCAGUAUCCUGCUCUCAAGAAACAGACACAAAAGACGCGGACAUCGACAGAAGCUCAGCCAACCAAUAAGCAGUCUUUACCCAAAAUCAACAUCAGAAAGCAGUCCUUAUGUUCGGACACUCUAGUUUCGAAUACGCAGCCUCCACAAAAUAACACGUCCAACAACGUUUCCCAAUCUACAACAAGCCAAGACGUUGACCUACCGUCUCAAUCGGAACACGUCUUGACCAAUAAGGUGACUGGAUCGCCGCGUAGCCCAAGGUCUUCGUUCCCAAUCAUUACCUCUGAACAGGUUUCAUCUACGAUGCAGUCCAAUCCGCCGUCAACAUCAAUUAGCCAGGAGUCCCCAUCCACAAAACCGUCCAAUCAACGGCUCAUCUCGCCGACACCGUCCAAUCAGCAGCGCUCUGCUACACCAGUGAUGACAAAUCAACAGUCUCCAUCCACAAAUACAAAAAUUCAACUAUUGUCAGUGGACCAAUCCCCCAGUCGACCGUCCACGGGGAGUAGCUCCAUAACCUCAUCUAACUCAAUCCCAGGCCCAUCAAUGGUGAAAGAAGGUUCUCCGAACGGCACCAGACAGAAAGGUGGUGGACCAGAGUCGAGUCCAGUGACACAACGGCACACGUCCAAGGCCAAGAAUGACGUCAGGAAGAAACUUCAAGGGAAACUUCGUCAGAGACGCGGACAGAGGGUGUAAAAACUAUUGUCUGCUGAGGCAUAAUCCGUCCAAACUAUAGAUGUAGUGUCGAAUGUAGUUCAUCAUGGUCCCGAAUAUAGGGCACAUGCCCCAAUGCAAGUGUAAUUUUGUGACACCAUUAUUGUAUAAAAGACUCUGUCAUUGUCUCAUGUGCCUAUAUACAUUUGUAUUGUAAUACUCCGUCCAUCCAACUUUAGCCUAUGGAGACUAUUAGUAGUUGGCAUCCAUCUGUCUCGAAAGACAAUGGUAGACAGACAGGGUUGGUUAGGCGACCCGUCUGCCUGGCCUGCACUUUUUUUAAAGGUGAAAUAUCUUAUGAUACUAUUUUCUCGGCUUUUCAUUGAAUUUCAAUAGAUACAAACCUCGAGUUAUAUUAGUUUCUCAGUGCAAACAUGCUGCUAAAAAUGAAGUGCACUAUUUUCUUAUCAUGUCCCUUGUAUAUGGAGGAAAGACAGAGGCGUAUGGACGUUAUCACCAGUAAUACAAACAUAGCCUUACUUAGGGAAUUUAGGUUGGCUAAAUUGGCAUUUUGACCUUCCAUUGUUUUCUCCUUGAUGAAGUAAGAAAGAAUAGAGCCGUAACGAAUAUAGUUAGAUGGGCAUGAAAGAAUUGAAAAUCUGAUUUUGGGGGGCCAUAUUGAUGACGUCAUCAGGUUUUAUUGCCCCUUAUAUUAUUUUUUCAAUGACGAAAU